AAUGCAAGGCUCUUUAUAAGAGAAGGAAGCUCUAGCUGAUAUAUUUAGUUAAGUUAAAAAUGUAGAUGAAGAAAUCUUUGGAGUCAUAUUAAAAAUAUUACGAAAGGAAAAAGUUUAAGAUUGUAUUGGAUAUCUUUCCGACAAUAGAAAUCAAAUAAAUUUAGAAUAAUAAAUCUUACAACAAAUAGAGAAUAUCACCCAAGCUGAUACGGAAUAAAAAUUGUCUCUUGUGAGAGAAGACAUGAAAUAAAUGACAGAUGUCUUAAAAAAAUUAAAAGAUCAUGACUUCAACAACAAAGACUUUUCCUCUGAAGAAAAUGAAGAAUCUAAAUUAUUUCUAAUUAAUAGCAUCAAGGAUAAUAAAUUGAUCAUAGAAUUUCUCAAAUUUUUAGUUCAUCUAACAUCCAUAGAUGGUACUUUUAUUUAAUGUGGGUCUAAUUCAUUAAACACCUUAGUUUAGAUGAAGGUUGAUAUUAGAAACCAGUCCUUUGAGAAUAUCAGAAUAAAGAAUACAUCUGUAAAUGGAGGAAAUUUUGUAAGAUGUAACUUUAGUGGAUCUGAGUUUGAUAAUGUAGAUAUCAGCGGAUUGAAUUUGAAUGGUGCUUAACUAUUCAAUUGUAAAUGGAAAAACUUGAAAAUCUUUGAAUUAAAUAAAUUACAUGGUCAUGGUAAUUGUGUGAAUACAGUCUGUUUCUCUCCAGAUGGAAAUACAUUAGCUUCUGGUAGUGAUGAUAAGUCUAUCCGUCUAUGGGAUGUCAAAAUAGGAUAAUAUAAAGCCAAAUUAGAUGGUCAUGAUGAUGCUGUUAUAUCAGUCUGUUUCUCUUCUGACGGAAAUACAUUAGCUUCUGGUAGUGAAGAUAACUCUAUCCUUCUAUGGGAUGUCAAAAAAGGAUAAAUAAAAGCCAAAUUAGAUGGUCAUAGUAAUUGGGUAUUGUCAGUUUGUUUCUCUCCUGAUGGAAAUACAUUAGCUUCUUGUAGUAGAGAUAAGUCUAUACGUUUAUGGGAUGUCAAAACUAGAAAAUAAAAAGCCAAAUUAGAUGGUCAUACUAAUACUGUCUACUCAGUCUGUUUCUCUCCUGAUAGAAAUACAUUAGCUUCUUGUAGUAGAGAUAAGUCUAUCCGUCUAUGGGAUGUCAAAACAGGAUAAUAAAAAGCC